UCUCCUCCAUCAGACUCGUCAGGCGCAGUUCGAAACGCGGGGAUCACAACAGAAGAGGAGAGAAGCUUCCAGAGGAGAGGAAAGGGAGCGCGUUGGUGGUGUGCGGCCAUGGAUCGGGUUCGCGGAUCCGCGUUCCUGCUCGGCGUCCUGCUCGCAGGAUCCCUGUUUGCAUUCUCAGUUGCAAAGGAGGAGACCAAGAAGCUCGGCACCGUGAUCGGUAUCGAUCUCGGUACCACCUACUCCUGUGUUGGUGUCUACAAGAACGGUCAUGUCGAGAUCAUCGCCAAUGACCAGGGUAACCGUAUCACACCCUCAUGGGUUGCCUUCACCGAUAGUGAGAGGCUCAUUGGUGAGGCUGCCAAGAACCAGGCAGCUGUCAACCCUGAGCGGACCAUCUUCGACGUCAAGCGUCUCAUCGGAAGAAAGUUUCAGGACAAGGAAGUCCAGAGGGACAUGAAACUUGUUCCCUACAACAUUGUUAACAAGGAGGGCAAGCCCUACAUUCAGGUCAAGAUCAAGGAUGGAGAGAACAAGGUCUUCAGCCCUGAGGAGAUCAGUGCCAUGAUUCUUGGCAAGAUGAAGGACACCGCUGAGGCGUACCUUGGCAAGAAGAUCAAUGAUGCUGUCGUCACUGUUCCUGCGUACUUCAACGAUGCGCAGAGGCAGGCGACCAAGGAUGCUGGUGUCAUUGCCGGCCUCAAUGUUGCUAGGAUCAUCAAUGAGCCAACUGCUGCUGCUAUUGCCUACGGUUUGGACAAGAAGGGUGGCGAGAAGAACAUCCUUGUCUUUGACCUUGGUGGUGGUACUUUCGAUGUCAGCAUCUUGACCAUUGACAACGGUGUGUUUGAGGUGCUUGCCACCAACGGUGACACCCAUCUUGGAGGUGAGGACUUUGACCAGAGGAUCAUGGAGUACUUCAUCAAGUUGAUCAAGAAGAAGUACAGCAAGGACAUCAGCAAGGACAACCGUGCUCUUGGAAAGUUGAGGAGGGAAGCUGAGCGUGCCAAGAGAGCCCUCAGCAACCAGCACCAGGUCCGUGUUGAGAUUGAGUCCCUCUUCGACGGGACCGAUUUCUCGGAGCCGUUGACCCGUGCCAGGUUUGAGGAGCUGAACAAUGAUCUGUUCCGCAAGACCAUGGGCCCUGUCAAGAAGGCCAUGGAAGAUGCUGGCCUUGAGAAGAGCCAGAUCCACGAGAUUGUCCUUGUUGGUGGAAGCACCAGGAUUCCCAAGGUCCAGCAGCUCCUGAGGGACUACUUCGACGGCAAGGAGCCCAGCAAGGGUGUAAACCCUGAUGAGGCUGUUGCCUACGGUGCUGCGGUGCAGGGAAGCAUCUUGAGCGGCGAGGGUGGUGAUGAGACCAAAGAUAUCCUUCUCCUUGAUGUGGCUCCCCUCACCCUGGGUAUUGAGACUGUUGGUGGAGUCAUGACCAAGUUGAUCCCCAGGAACACUGUCAUCCCCACCAAGAAGUCGCAGGUGUUCACCACCUACCAGGACCAGCAGACCACCGUCUCCAUCCAGGUCUUCGAGGGUGAACGCAGCAUGACCAAGGACUGCCGUCUUCUCGGCAAGUUCGACCUCUCUGGCAUUCCACCAGCUCCAAGGGGCACUCCCCAGAUCGAGGUGACCUUUGAGGUUGACGCCAAUGGUAUCCUAAACGUGAAGGCCGAGGACAAGGGCACUGGCAAGUCAGAGAAGAUCACAAUCACGAACGAGAAGGGCCGCCUGAGCCAGGAGGAGAUUGACCGCAUGGUCCGGGAGGCGGAGGAGUUCGCCGAGGAGGACAAGAAGGUGAAGGAGAAGAUCGACGCCCGGAACCAGCUUGAGACGUACGUGUACAACAUGAAGAACACGAUCGGCGACAAGGACAAGCUGGCGGACAAGCUGGAGAGCGAGGAGAAGGAGAAGGUUGAGGAGGCCCUCAAGGAGGCCCUCGAGUGGCUGGACGACAACCAGUCGGCCGAGAAGGAGGACUACGAGGAGAAGCUCAAGGAGGUGGAGGCCGUGUGCAACCCCAUCAUCUCGGCGGUGUACCAGAAGUCUGGCGGCGCCCCGGGUGGUGGUGCCGACGAGGAGGGCGGCGUCGAUGACGACCACGACGAGCUGUAGAUGAUGCCGGAGAAGCCAAAUUUUUGUAACAGUGUUUAGGGGGCUUAUGAAUGACUCUUGGGGGCCGGCGGUGACGGAGACUAAUCUUCUUCCUCUGAAUGGGUGUAUCGCUGCUCUUUUAGCUGCUGAGUGUAGAACUCUGGUUUUUUUUUUUUUAAACUUCCUUGUGAUUUUUCUUGUUAUUAUAGCGGAUUCGCAUCGGAAUUUAUGUGAAGAAAAGAAGAUGCUUCGGGAUUUAUCU